GGCGCGAGCGUCCGCGCUCCAGCUCUCCUCCUGCUGCGGCGCCUCUUUCCUCGGAGGCGGAGCAGCAGCGCGCAGCGGGCGCCAAGGGCUUGUUGCCCGGACACCUCCCCUGCCGGCCGGGGGCGUGGGCGCCGCCUCCGCCCCUCCUCUCGCGGCCUUUGGUGGGUGUCACAGGCGCUGCGCUGUCCGCCAUGGCUCCGCUGCGCUUCGCUGCCAACCUGGCGUGGCUCUUCCAGGAGAAGCCGACGCUGCCGCAGCGCAUAGAGGCGGCUGCGCAGGCCGGCUUCCGAGCGGCGGAGUUGGGCGCCCCUUACGCUUGCAGCGCCGAGGAGCUGCGGGAGGCGGCAGACAAGGCCAGGCUGGAGCUGGUCCUGCUCAACGCCCCGCCAGGAAACCAAGAUGGUGACAGAGGCUUAGGGGCAGUGCCUGGCCGCCAGCAUGAAUUCCAGGAGGCCCUGGCUUUGGCUGUGAAGUACUGCAAGGUCCUGAAAUGUCCAAGGAUCCACAUUAUGGCUGGGCGAAUUCCUUUGGGUGCUGAGAGGGAGGAAGUGUCAGCAGAGAUGGAAGCCACCUUCAUUGAGAACCUCAGAUAUGCUGCGGACAUCCUGGCUCAGGAAAAGAUCACUGGAUUAUUGGAGCCUAUUAAUAGCCGGAUUACUGAUCCCCGUUACUUCUUGACUACUCCAGAGCAAGCUGCUGCCAUUUUGAAGAAGGUGGGAAGCCCCAGCCUGAAGCUGCAGCUGGACAUUUUCCACUGCCAGAUCAUGGAUGGUAACCUGACUCAGAACUUGGAAAAGUAUUUCCCAAUUAUUGGACACGUUCAGUUUGCCCAGGUACCAGGACGGCAUGAGCCCGACAGCCCUGGUGAAUUAAACUUCCCUUACCUCUUCCAGCUGCUGGAGUCAAUGAGUUACAGUGGCUUCGUAGGAUGCGAGUACAAGCCCAAAGAAGGCACACUGAAGGGGCUGGGCUGGCUGCACUCAUACUGGAAGAGUCAUGGUGUACUGGAUAGUGGAAGCUGAGGGGUUAAGUUCAGCAGCUGAAAAACUGGACUAAAGAGCAUCAGAGGUGGAGCGCAAUCACUACAUGCCAACUUGGAAAGGCAAUGUUCUUUUGUUUGUCUCUCUUCUGGAUGCAUUUUGCCUCCUAAUAAAACAAAAUAGCAUUCCUAGGGUCUUGCUCCAACUCAAGUCCUGGAAUGGCUAAAGGCUUCA